GUGGCGAGGAUGCGACCGCUGAUCCUGCGGAGCGGGAUGAUACGAAUUUGCUGCAGAUGCGGGCUGGCAAGGAUUCCCUCACCUUCACCAGUGAGGACUCCCUUGUUGGAGGCCCGCAGGAUGCGCAUAAGCUUGCCAAGUUAGGCGUUGUCGACACGGAG